CCGGCGUGCAGCGGGGGAGGUGAGAGCCGGAAGUGGUGUUGGAAGGGAUUGAAUGAUCAGAGAGAGCAGGUAAGAUGUCUGAGAAGAAGCCAAAGAGGAUCCUGGUGACCGGUGGUUCCGGCCUGGUGGGGAAGGCCAUUGAGAAGGUGGUGAAGGACGGAGAGGGACGUCCUGAUGAAGAAUGGAUCUUCGUGGCUUCCAAGGAUGCAGAUCUAAAGAGCGCUGCAGACACCCGAGCGUUGUUUGAGAAGCACAAACCCACCCACGUCAUUCACUUGGCGGCCAUGGUGGGCGGACUGUUCCGGAAUAUGAAGUAUAACCUGGAUUUCUUGAGGAACAAUCUCCAUAUUAACGACAACAUCCUGCACUCUGCGUACGAGUUGGGGGUGGAGAAGGUGGUUUCCUGUCUCUCCACCUGCAUCUUCCCUGACAAGACCACCUACCCCAUAGACGAGACCAUGAUCCACAACGGACCUCCUCAUGGCUCCAACUUUGGUUAUUCCUACGCCAAGAGGAUGAUCGACGUCCAGAACAGGGCGUACUUUGAGCAGCACGGCUGCAAGUUCACCUCCGUCAUCCCCACCAACGUCUUCGGCCCGCACGACAACUUUAACAUAGAAGAUGGACACGUCCUGCCGGGGCUCAUCCACAAGGUGUAUCUGGCAAAACAAAACGGAACUCCGUUGGCCAUCUGGGGUACCGGGAAACCGCGGCGGCAGUUCAUCUAUUCACUGGAUCUGGCCAGACUCUUCAUCUGGGUGUUGCGGGAAUAUAAUGAGGUGGAUCCAAUCAUCCUUUCAGUGGGAGAAGAAGAUGAAGUGUCUAUAAAGGAAGCUGCGGAGAGUAUCGUAGCCGCCAUGGACUUUAAGGGAGAAGUGAUUUUUGACAGCACAAAGUCCGACGGUCAGUUUAAAAAAACUGCAAGCAACAGCAAGCUGAGAAAAUACCUCCCUGACUUCAAGUUUACCCCCUUUAAUCAAGCGGUCCAGGAGACGUGUAGCUGGUUUAACGCGAACUAUGAGCAGGCCAGGAAGUGAGGAGGAAGAAGCAACCGGAGUUUACAGACGAUGACCUCCCUGCUGGUUCAGACUCUCCAUGUCUUUGGGAAUUGGGUUUUAUAUAUCGGUACUACAAAUCGGGAUUCAUUGUGCAUGGAGAUGGAUUCUCCGCCCAUUCUGUGUGCACGCCGGCGUUUGAUGCGUCUCUACAUUUAAAGAGCGGACAUUGCCAGUCUGACACAAACCUCCAGUUUUCUAGUAUGUGCUGUAAUAUACUGCUGUACCAAUCACUCCUCUGAUUAAAUCUGACUAUGCAAACCCAA